GGUUGGGAGUUGAAAGCUUUUUCUUCUCUCUCUUUCUCUCACCGUGACCCUGGAUGGCAUCCCUCGAACCUCGAUGGAUUGAAAAUGCGGUUUGCUUUUCAUGAAAGGGCAUCGCUUCCAAGUUGAAUUGAAGCUCUAAUGGCGUCGAGACAAGGGUUUAAAUCGAAGAAAUCGAUUUCGAAACUACACAAAGCUGUUAAUUCUCCUUCGUCUUCUACUACUUCAUCUUCUAAACAGCUUCCCGAGACCUCCUUUGAAGCUCAGAAUUCACCUGCUUCUUCGUCUGCUCGGAGCAAGCCGCAGUAUUUCUACUCUGAGACUGUACCACUGGAUGAGGAGAGGUCCAUUGAGAAUGUUACUGUUACUGUCCGGUUUCGUCCUCUCAGUCCGAGGGAAAUUCGUCAAGGAGAAGAGAUUGCGUGGUAUGCCGAUGGGGAAACUAUCGUGCGGAAUGAACACAAUCCCUCGAUAGCGUAUGCCUAUGAUCGAGUAUUUGGCCCUACAACUACCACUCGGCAUGUUUAUGAUGUAGCUGCCCAACAUAUUGUCAGUGGUGCUAUGGAUGGUAUUAAUGGCACCAUUUUUGCAUAUGGUGUGACUAGCAGUGGGAAGACCCAUACAAUGCAUGGUGAUCAAAGGUCUCCUGGAAUUAUACCAUUGGCGGUGAAGGAUGCAUUCAGUAUCAUACAGGAGACUCCCAACAGGGAAUUUCUUCUUCGCGUGUCAUAUUUGGAGAUCUAUAAUGAGGUUGUUAAUGACUUGCUGAAUCCAGCAGGACAGAAUUUAAGAAUACGAGAAGACCUUCAGGGGACCUUUGUCGAUGGGAUAAAGGAAGAAGUUGUAUUAUCCCCUGCUCAUGCUUUAUCGCUUAUAGCAACUGGAGAAGAGCACAGGCACGUAGGAUCUACAAACUUCAACUUACUCAGCAGUAGAAGCCAUACAAUAUUUACUCUGACAGUAGAGAGUACCCCAUGUGGUGAAAAUAGCGAAGGGGAAGCAGUUAACUUGUCACAACUGAACCUCAUCGAUCUGGCAGGUUCUGAGAGUGCUAGGGCUGAAACUACUGGUAUACGGCGAAAAGAAGGAUCAUACAUCAACAAAAGCCUUUUAACCCUUGGAACUGUUAUAUCAAAAUUAACAGAUGGAAGGGCCACUCACAUACCUUAUAGAGACUCUAAACUGACCAGACUCCUUCAGUCCUCAUUAAGUGGUCGUGGGCGUGUAUCUCUUAUUUGCACUGUUACUCCCGCAUCAAGUAAUUCAGAGGAAACUCAUAACACAAUGAAGUUUGCCCAUCGUGCAAAACAUAUUGAAAUUCAAGCAUCACAAAACAAGAUAAUUGAUGAGAAAUCACUUAUCAAGAAAUAUCAAAGUGAGAUUCGGAAUUUGAAGAAAGAGUUAGAACAAUUGAAAAGGGGCAUUGGUACUGUUCCGCGGCCAAAAGAUGUAGCAGAAGAUGAUAUUGUUCUCUUAAAACAAAAGCUAGAAGAUGGUCAAGUCAAGCUGCAAUCAAGAUUGGAGCAAGAAGAAGAAGCUAAAUCUGCUCUGCUAAGUAGGAUACAGCGGUUGACAAAAUUAAUUUUGGUUUCAACAGAAGCUACACAACCAUCACAAUUUCCUCAGCGUCCGGGUCCAAGGAGAAGACACUCUUUUGGGGAAGAAGAGCUUGCUUAUCUCCCUUACAGAAGGCGGGACUUGAUCUUGGACGAUGAAAACAUUGACAUGUAUGCUUCUUUGGAAGGCAAUGAUGAAUCCACUGAUGAUACUUCCAAGGAAGGGAAAAAGAGCCGGAAGCAUGGACUCCUAAAUUGGUUCAAGCUGCGGAAACGCGAUAAUAGUUUGGUGAUCAUGACUAGUACCGAUGGUGAUAAAUCCAGUGGUACAAAAUCAAUUACUACACCUUCAACUCCUCAAGCAGAAAGUAGUUGUCCAACGGAGCCCCGAAUUUCCAAUUCUUUACCCACAGAAACUUCUCCCACUGAUGUUUUGUUGGAAGCUGAUCAUGAUAGAGAAGAUCCUGACAAUUCUUUCUCCAUGCAAGAGGCAUUUUUGCCUAAUUCUAAAAUUAUCGACCAAAUAGAACUUCUAAGAGAGCAACAAAAAAUCUUGGCUGGGGAGGUGGCUCUGCAUUCCAGUGCUUUAAAACGCUUGUCAGAAGAGGCUGCAAAUAACCCUAAGAAGGAACAGAUUCAUGUUGAAAUGAGAAGAUUAAAUGAUGAAAUCAAGGCAAAAAACCAGCAGAUAGCUUCCCUAGAGAAGCAAAUUGAUGUUUCUGUUCUAGCUUCUCAGAGCAAGAUAGAUGCAGUGGAGCUGUCACAGGCUUUGGCUGAAACAAUGGAGCAAUUGAAUCAGAAGUCCCUUGAACUAGAGGUGAAAGCUGCCGAUAACAGGAUAAUUCAAGAGCAGCUUAACCAAAAGAUAUGUGAUUAUGAAGAAUUGCAAGAAACAGUUGCUGUCUUAAAACAACAGCUGUCUGAAGCACUUCAGUUGAGGAAUUCCAAUCCUGCAGUGCCACUUUCUCAACAGCAUACAAAAGGGGGAAGCAUCCACGGGAAAUUUUGUACAAGCAAAGAAAAUUUGAAGUUGAGAGAUGCUAAUGAAGAGCUGCUUCUGCAAGAACAGGCUACCAAGAUUGAAGUAUUGGAACAGAAAGUAACUGAACUGACCGAAGCAAAAGAUCAACUAGAAGUUCGAAACCAGAAACUGGCAGAAGAGAGCUCGUAUGCCAAAGGGUUGGCUUCGGCUGCUGCUGUAGAACUCAAAGCAUUAUCAGAAGAAGUUGCCAAACUCCUGAACCAUAAUGAGAGAUUAGCUGCUGAGUUGGCUGUGCUACAGAAUUCGCCUAGCCAGCGUAGAGCCAGUGGUUCUGGGAGGAAUAUCAAGAGGGAUGGUCUUUCUAGGCGCUAUGAUCAAGGGGGAUUCCCUGCAGACGUCAAGAGAGAACUUGCCGUGAGUCGAGAGAGGGAGUUGUCCUAUGAAGCUGCUUUGAUGGAAAAGGAUCAAAGAGAAGCAGAGCUUCAAAAGAAGGUGGAGGAAUCUAAACAAAGAGAAGCUUAUCUUGAGAAUGAGCUUGCCAAUAUGUGGGUUCUGGUGGCCAAGCUCAAAAAAUCCCACGGGGUAGACAAAGAUGAUCGCGUAUUCCAGCUAGUGGACACAACUGAGUUUUUGAAUGAUUCUACCACGACAAAGGAAUUUCAAUAGUAUUGCUACAAUACUUGGUGCAUAAUGUAAGUGAGGGAAAAUAAAAAAGGGAGGGGGAAAAAAAAAAGAAGCAAAAAUUCAAGUUUGUUGUCUGCAAUUUCCAUUAAAAAAAAGUUUGUUUUCUGCAAGUUGAGGAUGUUCCAUUCAUUUGGUUCUCCCAUUGUUUUGUGCCUGUUGGCGACUCUCCU